UUUGGUGGUUUGGCGGAUACUGGUCAAGUCUCCGGUAACGACGAGAAUAAAGAGUCGAAGAAAGACUCGAAGAGAAAACUCUUCGGAGUCAGAAAACUAGAUUCGGGCCCUAAAGCCGAAUCGGCAGUUAAGAGGGCCCCUUUAUCACAUUCCAGUCUUGUCUCUCAGUUUGUAAGUCACAGUUUAAAUGCACUAUCUGAAUCGGUCGAGGAUGAUCUACAGAAACUUACGUCCGGUGCUGGUCUGGAUUCCCCUAAAUUCUGGGACCAGGUUGCUCCCAUCAACGUUGAUAAGGCUCACAAGCUUCUCAAAGUUCUUACAUCUGCUAUCUCUGAUACUGGUCUCGACACGUUCCUCGUCGACAUGUGUCUCAUGUGUCCCGGAGGGUAA